GCCAGGGAUCCCGUGAAAGGUUGCCUCUCUGCCAGCCUGGCUGUAUAUAAGCAGCGUCCUGAGUUCUCAGGAUGCAUCUAGCUCUCUACCCAGCUUCACAUCACAGCCAACAUGAAGUUCGUCAUCUUCGCGUGCUUGGCCGCCGUCGCCGCCGCUGCUCCUCAGCUGGGCCAGAAACCCGAACUUGCGGAGAUUCUCAGAGACGAUCGCGAAGAUGCUGGCGACGGAAACUUCAAAUACGACUUCGAAACCUCCAACGGCAUCAAACAGAGCGUGACAGGAUACCCUGGAUCAGAGGGUCAGAGCAACAUGCAAGGCUCCUUCAGCUUCCCACUCGACGAUGGUAGCCUCGCAACUUACACCUUCGUUGCUGACGAGGGUGGUUACCAGCCCCAGUCCGACCUGAUCCCCGUCGCCCCCCCUCUCCCCGCCCACGUCGUCGAACUCCUGCAGAUCGUUGAGCAGCUGCGAGCUCAGGGAGCUAAAUGGGACGACCAGGGAACGAGAAUCAACUAAACAAGCGACUCUCCUAGACAGAUCACGGCUCAUGCACGACUACCCUGUUCACCUGUCCAUGGACAGUCUGUGUGUAAGCUGACAGUCACCUCUGAGGGACUUCACCCUCUAAAUUCACCGAGGACGACCUGUAAAUGUACCCCAAAUCACGAGAUUUUCUCCAAAGUUUUUUUUCCCUACACUAUGAGUUCACACUCUACUGAAGGUUCUACGCCUCCGACCCGCGGCUGUGGACGUAUCCUCACGUCCACAGCCAUACCUAUUUAAGACGCGCCUCGCCAAGACGCGCUGCAUCCUAUUCUCACAUCCCAUCUUUUAAUACAUAAGGACACCCCAAGGACACUUCUCGUAUGUAAAUAGUUAAGGACUACAGCUUCGGGGCAUCAACCAGCAUUUAAGAUCACUGGACACAAUCCAAUGCUUGUGAUCUAUAUGUAAUAAACUCCCUGCAGCCAAA